UGUGACAAUCAUUAAAAAUGUAUGCCAUCUCUCCAAACAGUGUCUUGACAAGCCGCUCGUGCUCAUUGGAUAUCGGUCAUUAAAAUUUAGCGGGGAGAGCAAAGUGUGGCCUCGGUGUCAGGUGGCAUAUUCAGGGAGUGGAUGAAUUUUUCAAAGUGCUAUUACAUCUGCAGGCACCGCGCUGACGUCUUAAGGCUGGAAGCUCUGAUACUGCUGCGGUCGGUCUCCGCCGGUAUUCCAGCCGAGGUGUGACAAAAGCCGAAUCACCAAUAACAACAUGAGUCUCUGGGCGACGACCAUACUGAUUCAUUUCCUGCUGGCUGUUGACAAGGCUGAUUUCAAAAUAGGGCUCAAAUGUGGAGGAAUCCUAUCUGCUCCAUCUGGGAAUAUUUCCAGUCCUAACUUUCCAGGCUUGUAUCCCUACAACAUUGAGUGCUCCUGGCUAAUUGUGGUGGCCGAGGGCUCCUCUGUCCUCCUCACCUUUUACCAUUUUGAGCUAGAGUACCACGCCAGCUGUGCAUAUGACUAUAUCAAGAUCUAUAAUGGCAUACCUGAAGAUGAGGGAAACCUCCUUGGAACGUUCUGCGGCGAUAUCUGUCCACCGCAAUUCACCUCGUCCUGGAACGUCAUGUCCAUCAUCUUCCAUUCAGACCGCCAUGUGGCCCACCAUGGGUUCAGUGUUGGUUACAGGAAAGAUAUGUGCGGUGGUAUCCUGUCUGGCCUAUCUGGUAUGAUCACCAGUCCAGGCUACCCUCAAGAAUACAACAACAACGCAGACUGUUCUUGGACCAUCCAUGUCUCCAAAACCAGUGUGGUCAGUCUCGUCUUCACGGACUUUCAGCUGGAAAACAAUGAAGGUUGUAAUUUUGACUUUGUUGCCCUAUUUGACGGUCCUACAGUCACCCAUCAUCACCUUGGCAAAUACUGUGGGGCGGAAAAUGCCCCCAGUACAAUCACCACUUCCAACCAGCUUCCUGGUUGUCUUCAAGUCUGACUGUACAUCGGAGCGGGCUUCAAAGCGUACUAUUAUUCAGGUGAAUGUCAGCAGGUCCUGUCAACUGUAAGUGGGAACUUCAGCAGCCCAAAUUUCCCCAACAUCUACCCCAACAACAUCAACUGCCACUGGAACAUCACUCUACCAGCUGGAUACCGGAUCAAGCUCUUUUUCCCCUUCAUGGACUUGGAAGACCGCAACAGUCUGUCAGAUAAGUGCGACUAUGACUCUGUGAUGGCUUAUGACGGGGACACUCAAACUGAUGUCCUGCUGGGACGCUGGUGUGGCAGAGAGCACCCCCCUUCUGUCAUCUCAAAGACUAACAAGUUACUGGUGGUGCUCAGCACGGACAGAAAUGAAGCUCACAGAGGCUUCACUGCCGCCUACAUUGGAGUGGUACCUGUAAACGUUAGCUGCACAAGAACAGAAUUCUCCAUUUUGAUACCCCAGCAGUCCCUCCCUCAGCUGGACCGUGAGAGCAUCUACUUGGGAGAUCCAACCUGUGCUGCCCAACUAACGGCCACGUUCUACAAGAUACUUGCUCGGUUUGUCAACUGCGGUACUGCAGGCCAGGUGAUUAGCCAAAAUGGUCAAAUGUCAUUUCACACAUGUUUUCUGGCUAUUAAAGGAUUUCUGGAUGCGGACCGGUACCAGUUGUGCCAGACAUGCUCAUCGAUAGACACGUUUGACGUAUAAAGGAUUAUGGUAGCUAUGGUUAAUUG